AUGUCUCGAUCCUAUACAGUCUAUAGCCUCAGUGAGGAUGAAUAUGAAGAAAAUGAAGAAUUGGAAACCAAGGAUGAAAACUCCUUCCUCAUGAAUGAUGAGGGGUAUGAAUAUUCAGUGGAAAGCGGAGAAACUGAAGAUGAUGAAGAAGGGACCUAUGAAGAUGAAGAGGAAUACGAUACUACUUCAGCUAAAACGGAACCUCUACCCAUUGAGACUCCAGCGAAGGAGAACUUUGAAGGUUCUAGUACUCAGCACAUCAAGAUGACUCGUGGAGAUUUGAUUGCUCAGCUUGAAAGACUCGGGUACACGAAUGUUCCUGAAGACGUAGUGCAAGAUUUCAUCGCCGAAUUGAAAAAUCAAAACAUUGAGGUUCUUCAUGAAGAAAACAACACCUCCCGAACUAAUUCUUCUUCAAUAUUUUCUCGCGACGAUGAAGACCAGGUUAAUGUCGAAGACCAAGAGUAUCAUGACGACGAGGAGUAUGAGGAGGGCAACCAUGACGAGGAAGAGGAGGAAAGCUUGCAAGAGGAGCAAGAUGAAGACGCCUUCAUUCCAGUUUUUAACCCACCUGUUUUGAACGAUCAUGUUAUUUCUGAAACGCCUUCCAAAAAACAGCCCUAUCAGAAAUAUGAAUCUCCUCAACUUCACAGUCCAAGCUCAAAAACACAUAACAACUCCAAAAUGCAAACCGAUUCACCAGCCAGAAACGUAUCCAUGCAACGGGAUAGUCCAAGUGUAACAGAAGACGAAGGUUAUGAUACCACUACGUACUACAACAAUCACUACUCAUCACUCAAAGACUUUCAAAAAAUCAAAUCUCAACACCGAGAUGCUAGGAAUUUGGUUACUCCAAAAAUUGAGACUGUUAAAUCUCCAAUACGGCAAAGUCAACAUGUGGAUGAUUAUCACAGUCCUCCCAGCAGAAUUUCUAGAGAAAAUGAUUCACCAUCCUCAAAAAUCAAAUUCAAGCCAUUGGAAUCGGCAAACUACACUCCUCCCAGUCUUCCAAUGAGUCGACCAAAAACAGCCCCUCCUGUAAAAACACCACCAACAGAACCUCAAUUAAGAACUCCCACUAAGGAUACAUCAAAAUCAUCUCCAAACGGUAAUCGGUCGAGCAUGGUACGAUCAUCUGUAACGUCCGUUUCAACGUCUCAAUCAAUUUCUAGACCCCUUCCAUUCAAAACCAAUGUUAAGAAGCCAGUCUCCUACCGAAAGAAGGUGAACGAUCCAGUAUCGAGAUGGAGAGAAUUAAAUUCGGUAUGGAAGAAUGACACCUUCCUUAAAAAUCAGCAAAAUCAACAAAAGAAUCAUAGAUGGCGUGUCAGACAAGAAAUGCUCGAAAUUCAAGGUGAUAAGUACUUGAAUCCCAAGGAAUGCCGAUAA